AACGGUCCACAAAGAAAAGAAGAAGGAAGCAGUUGAGGAUGAGGAAAAUGGAGCUGAAGAGGAUGAGGAAGAGAACCCUGAUGAUGUGGAUGAAGAAGAAGGUGGUGAUGAGGAUGAAGAAGGAGACGAGAAUGGGCAAGAGCAGGAUGGUCAUGCAGAAAAACGAUCUGCAGACGAGGAAGAGGAUGAAGUGGAUCCAAAGAGACAGAAGACAGAAAAUGGGUCUUCAGCUUGAGUCCUCCCCUCCCAUCUCCUCUGUUCCGUCCAUCUCUCCUCCUCCAUUCCAGCCUGUGCUUGCACUGUCCAUUAGCCUCUGGCUUCACACAAUCUCAGAUGAGGAAAGAUUAGGAAUGCUCUCAAACAGGGAAGACAGCAGUUUCCUUCUCGCCCAAAGAUCUAGCCCAUCUGUGACAUUCCCCAGCUGAAAUUAUUCCAGUGCCCCACAUCCUUUCAGCUGUGCCCCAUUUACAGAUUAUCCUCUUCCCUCAAGAAUCUCAUGGUUUCCUGGAGCCCAGUAUGUAACCUUGCCAGGCUUGCAUGCCAGGCUCUUCACGUGGCAGGCACCUCUCCUUCCCUUUUCACUUGCCCUCCUUUCUUUUUGCCACUAGUAUGACUGAGAUUCUUGACAGCUUCUGCUCCCAAGACCUGCUGUCAGAUGUCCUCUCAGAGUCCAGGAGGCUGUGGGCACAGAUCUCAUGGUGCAUUUUCCAGUCCUAGGCCUCCUCUUAUCUGCUUUCCCCUCAAACCCUGAGAGACAAAGAAAAAGAAUAUUCCAAGCAAAUAAUGGUUCUAUUAAACCGCACACAUGGAGACAGAAUUUAAACUUUUUUUUUUCCAAGUUUACAUGACAGCAAGCUGGCCCUCGUGAAUUUUUCAGAAGAUAAGGGUUGUUUUUAUAUAUGAAUUUCAUCUGAACUGCAUAUUUUUUUUUAAUUUGGAGGCUUUUUUAAAACAAAUCAAGAGAAACAAUUGGGGACCAAACUUUGAUUUCCAUUUUUUUUCCCUUCAGAUUUUCUUGUGACCAUUUUUUGUAAAUUAAAGGCAAUAUGGCCACAGCAUUUUCUAUGGCACAGACAUCACGAGGAUGAUAGAUAUAAAUAUAUAUAUUGUUUUCAACUAGCACUGUAAAUAAAAGCGUUUUAAAAGAUUUCAAA